AUUCAAUAUCUCUCUUUGAUUCUCAACUCUUAUUUUCCUUCUCUUGAUCGAUUUGUGUUGUUCUUCAUCUUCGAUCAUCUCUUUUUCGACCGUCUCUUUUGCUUUUUCGUUUCUUUUCUCAACCUCGGAACAUAUCAUCACUCCUAAAUAACUAUGGCUUCUCCGUUGCUUGGUCCACCCGAGAUCCGAGAGUCCAAUACUCUCCUUACAAAACCCACUGCAGCUUCUGGUCCCACGUACCUCUCUGCUCUCCUCAAAAACACAACUCCUGGUCCCAGCGACCCAUUCAUGGACGCAAUGGUCUCAAACUUCAACAAAUCAACUAAACUCAACGUCAACUCUUCACCUGCGAUGGGCUACACCGAGAAUGGAUCCGCCACGUACCUCUCAGCAGGCAACCCCUGCCUCGACUUCUUCUUCCACGUUGUUCCCUCCACGCCCAAGGAAUCUCUUGAGAAGCGGCUACAAGAGGCUUGGGGCCACGACGCCUUAACCACUCUCAAGCUUAUCUGUAACCUUCGUGGAGUCCGUGGCACCGGAAAAUCUGACAAGGAAGGGUUUUACACGGCGGCGUUGUGGCUGCAUGGUCACCAUCCCAAAACCCUAGCUUGUAACCUCGAGUCCAUCUCAACAUUUGGUUACUUUAAAGAUUUUCCAGAGGUUCUUUACCGGAUUCUACAAGGAUCUGAAAUUCGCAGUAUCCAGAAAUUGGAGUGGAGCCAGAGGAAGGGCGGAGCAUCUCGAAAUAGAAGAGCUCGAUUCUCUCGCCAAACCUCGAGAGGUGGUUUUGGUCGUGGUCGUGGUCGUAGAAGAGGUGGCGGAAUCGGUCGGGGAAUGGGUCGCAGUGGCCUUCAACUAAGGCCGGCCUCCACUAGGCAGCUGAGGGUAGAGUACGCAGAGAGGAAGAACCAAGAAGAGAAAGCCAGAGCAAGCUUGGAGCGCAAGCAAAAGAAGGUUUCAAUGGGAAAGGACGCAUUUACUAGAUAUUCUAACGAUCCAGACUAUAGGUUUCUCCACGAACGUGUCUCUGAUCUAUUCGCAAAUCAACUAAGGAGAGACCUUGAGUUUUUGACAUCCGACCAACCAAACCAAAUCUCUCUAGCGGCUAAAUGGUGUCCCUCGCUUGAUUCUUGCUUUGAUAAAGCAACUCUUCUCUGCGAGAGCAUUGCUAGGAAGAUCUUUCCCCGAGAAUCAUUCCCUGAAUACGACGGCGUGGAAGAUGCUCACUAUGCGUACAGAGUUCGUGAUCGUCUACGGAAACAAGUUCUUGUUCCUCUCCGGAAGACUCUGCAACUCCCUGAAGUAUAUAUGGGAGCGAGAGAUUGGGAAUCUCUCCCUUACAACCGUGUUGCAUCAGUGGCGAUGAAGUCGUACAAGGGUUUUUUCUUGAAACACGACGCAGAGAGGUUUCAGCAAUAUCUUAACGAUGCGAGGACGGGGAAAACGACGAUAGCUGCCGGUGCUCUGUUACCUCACGAGAUAAUAAGAGAAUUAGACUGGGGAGGAGACGGUGGACAAGUCGCUGAGCUGCAAUGGAAACGGAUGGUUGAUGACCUUAAAGAGAAAGGUUCUUUAACGAACUGCAUGGCUAUCUCUGACGUUUCGGGAUCUAUGAUGGGUGAGCCAAUGGAGGUUUCAGUCGCCCUUGGUUUGCUAGUCUCUGAGCUAUCAGAAGAGCCAUGGAGAGGAAAGCUUAUAACAUUCAGCCAAAACCCUCAACUGCAUUUGGUGGAAGGAGACGAUUUGAGAUCAAAAACAGAGUUUGUGAGGAAUAUGGAAUGGGAUAUGAACACUGAUUUUCAGAAAGUGUUUGAUUUGAUUCUUAAAGUGGCCGUAGAAGGGAAGUUGAAGCCGGAAGAGAUGAUCAAGAGGGUGUUUGUGUUCAGUGAUAUGGAGUUUGAUCAAGCGUCGUAUUCAAGUAAUGGAUCGAAUACGCCAACGUAUAGUCGAUGGGGAUGGGGAUGGGGAUGGGGAUAUACGCCUCCCACGCCGAGUAAUGGAUGGGAAACAGAUUAUGAGGUGAUUGUGAGCAAAUAUAGAGAGAAAGGUUACGGAGAAGCUGUGCCGCAGAUAGUGUUUUGGAACCUGAGGGAUUCGAGGUCAACGCCUGUGCUUGGAAACAAGAAAGGAGUGGCUUUGGUAAGUGGGUUUUCCCAGAACUUGAUAAAACUGUUUUUGGAACACGAUGGAGAGAUUGGUGAUGGAGAGAUUGGUGAUGGAGAGAUUGAUCCCAUGAUGAUCAUGGAGGCUGCUAUAUCUAAAGAUGAGUAUAAGUCGCUUGUUGUAGUUGAUUGAAAAUUGUAGAGUUUUUUUUAUAUCUAUAUAUUAUUGGGGCAUAUAAUUUUGUCUAUCUUACAAGCUUCGAAUCAAAUUCUUUUAGUAAACAAAGUGUGUAUGUAAACCAAUUAAACCAAGCAGAAUUCA